AUGGCAGCUACCUCAUUCCCGCCCACUAGUCUGUCCGCCUGGAACUCGAUCGCGCCCGCCAACGAAAUCGUCGCCACUUUCAUCUUUGCGCUGUUACUCGAGAGGUUCGGACGCAAAGGGGGCAUCCUCGCGGCGUCACUCAUCUCGGUGACCAGUGUCCUCUUCCAUCAACUGGCGCCCGACUGGCUGAUGCACCUGGCCGGCCGGGGCGGCAACGGCAUCGCCAUUGGCAUGAUGUUCACCAUCUCGCCCCUCAUCGUGGUUGGCCAGUUCGCCACUGUCGUCGUCAGCCAGGGAAGUAGUCACAUUGACGGCCUGUGGCAGUGGUGGCUACCUGUCGUCGCCAUGUACACCUUUCCUCUCAUCUUGGCGGCGGCUCGGCCCUUCUUCCCCAAGUCCCCCUACUGGCUUGUCCGUCGCGGCCGUACACUCGACGCCAAGAAAGCACUUCGCCGCAUCUAUGGCUUACAGGAAGCCGAGUACGACGAUAUCGAAAUCAACCGCCGCCAAGGAAGAGAUUCGCAUCACCAACGACAUGCACGGCACCUCUGGUCUGUCGUCCUCCAAAAAGCUCAUGCUUUGCUUCAUGCUUCUCAUCAUUGGUACUCUGGGUGCAUUCCCAACCAGUCUCGAGCGAAUUGGGGCAUCGUGGCCCUGCUGUACAUCUGGGCCCUCAUCUACAAGCUCUCGAUUGGCGCUGCGGGUUUGGUUCUCGCUUCCGAAAUUGCGACAAUGCGACUGAGGGCCGCUACGCAAGGUCUCAUCACCAUCACCAACUCGCUUUGGGGACUCAUCAUGCAGUUCGCCGUCCCCUACAUGAUCAACCCGGAUGCCGGGAACUCGGGUGGCAAGAUUGGCUUUAUCUUUUUGGGCGUGGGAUUGAUCGCCAGCGUGGGCGGCUGGAUAUCUCUUUCCCGAGACACGCUGGACGAGCUAUAUGCUAUGAAGGUGGCCCCAAGGCAUUUCAAGAGAGCGGUCGAGGAUACCGAAACGGGUCUCAGCUUGGUCGAUCCUACUCGUCCCCUGAGCUCAUCUCUAGUCAAGGGCGGGGAUGUCCAUCUAGAGCACGCUGUCUAA